AUGUCCCAGCUUUAUUCCUUCAAGGCAGAAGAUCCUUUCUUUCAGAGACAACCAAAUUUAAUCCUUCAAGGCUGUAGAGAUUCCUUUCAUAGCAAACCCAGAGACGAAUUAUGUCCCAGCUUAUUCCUUCUUCAAGGCUGUAGAAGAUUCCUUCAGCAACCAAAUAAUAAUGCUUCAGAGACGACUUCAUGUCCCAGCUUUAUUCUUCAGGCUUUUAUAUUCCUUUGUAGAAGAUCCUUUCAGCAACCAAAUGGUAAUGCUCAGGAGACGACUUAUGUCCUAGCUUUAUUCCUCCUUCUGGCCGUAGAAGAUUCCUUUCAGCAACCAAAUGGUAAUGCUUCAGAGACGACUUUCAUGUCCCAGCUUUUUCUCUUCAAGGCUGUAGAAGAUUCCUUUCAGCAACCAAAUGGUAAUGCUUCAGAGACGACUUGCUGUCCCAGCUUUAUUCCUUCAAGGUUGUAG